AGAAUAAAAAUGGCCGGAUUGGGGGUCUCCGACGUGUCUCCGUUCCUUCAAGUUCGGAGUACAUCUUGGUUUCCCUAUAAUAGAAAGGACUCCUGUAUAAUCUGUGUAGGAUCAACAGGAUCAGGCAAAAGUUCUACAAUUGCAAUAUUCACAGGAAACCAGGUUGCAACCUCAGAUUCAACUAUAAGCGUGACUAAACACUGCCAACUCUAUCCAAACCUACUGGAUCAAGGAGCUUCAGCUUGGUUGGAUACUGUAGGUUGGGAGGAUAAACAGAAAGAUGAUACAGAAACCUUCAGGGAGAUAUUGCUGUAUAUUCAUGAGAACAAUAUUGCUUCCGUUCUUGCUGUUAUUUGGUGUGUUACACCCCAGGUACGGACUGAUGCAAGUUUAAGAAGACAAGCCGAGUUUAUAAAUAAACUCAAAGAAAUGGAUAUCUGGCAAAAUGUAAUUAUUGUUGUCAAGCAAAGUAUAAACCCUAGAUAUGACGCAAAAGGUGCUCUAGCUGCUUUAGGUGAUUAUUCUAACGGUAUGCAUAUUCAGGUUGUCGGAUAUAGAUUUCUUUCUGACCUGGCGUUCUCGCAAACACAACGAGAUUUGCUUAAAACACAAAAACCAGUGAGAGAAUUAUUAAAUGUGUUGACAGACGAUGAAAUCAGAGAUAUUCUUCAAUUAAAAAUUGCCAGUAUUGCAAAGCCUGUGCAGAUAAUAUUCCUUGAUAGUGUAUGUGUAGAAUGUGGACAACAGGGGGAUGUUAGACUAAUGGGAGAAUAUUGUCAUAUGGAGGCUGUUUAUAAACAUAAGAAAGAGAGCACUUUAUCCCACCCGAAGCCACAGCUCAAGUUUCAUCCUUCGGACCGGCUUUUCCAAAUACAUCUUGGGGAUGUGGUAGUUGGUCCGUGUGGGCGAGUGUGUGGCUGUGGUCCAUGUUCUAAACCAAGGUACAAAUGUUGCGGUAAAAAAGAGGCUUCUGAAGGUUGUAGACAAGUGUUGGUUUGCUGUAGGAAUUCUACAACGUCUCAAGGAUGCAAAAAAAAGUUUGGUUGUUGUGAAAUGCCGAUAGAAAGCGCUGCUGCCGGUUGUAUCACAAGAUUUCCCUGCUGUAACCAGGAUUCUGUAAGCCAGGGAUGUAUCAAGGUGUGUAAAAGGUGUGGCGAGGAGUGGGGAACGCCCACUAACGAAUGCUACAGAAAACAGCAUACAGUUGUAUCAAUUCAAGAUUUUAAAGAAAAAAAUGUACAAAAAUGCUAAAACAAUAUAAUUUAUUUGUAGUCUACAAUAUACACAAUCUACAAUAUAAAUUUAAAUUUAAGGUUCGUUGGUAAAGGUUAAACAUUUUCUCUGAAACAAAAUCACAUUUGAAGCUUUCAGACCAGAAAAUUUGAACUUGUUCACAAGAAAAAUUCAAUUACUGUCAAACCUAUCAGUAUUUUAAUUAUUUUGUAUAUAAAUUUUUCAAUCAAAUAUUUUGAUAAUACGUAACACAAUUUAUACGCUCUAAGCAAAACUUUGUUAAAGUUUAACCCAUUAACAACCCCAAAUGUCCUGGUUUAGAAAAAUCAUGAAAUAUUUAUUUUCUAUAUGAAAAUUAUCCUUCAUUGACGUUAAAAAAUGUAAAUACUUUUGGAGAAUAUUGUACAUUAACCGAUAUAAGGGUUACCCACAAAGGAAGAGACUUUAGAGAGGAAUUUACAGAAUUUAUUAGAACUUGUUCCUAAAACUGAUUUACCAAAAAAAAACAUAUUUUGUGAUUAAACCUCAGAAUAAUUUUUAAAUUAAUAUUUAAAAAAUAUUCAGGUCGUCCUUUACGGGGAACCCUGUUUACGACUUUGCUGUUUUGUCUGUUACUAAUAAACUUCAAUAAGUCCAAA